UUAGGCUAUCAGACUAUUUCUAAUAAUGUCGCAGACCACGUGAGAAAACAUCUAAAAAUAGCUAGAUCUAUGUGUGCAUGUGACCAAAGCCGUCAAAAUGGCUGAUGAUAAAAGUGACCAUGUAACAAACAUAGGCGGAAAUAUUUCACACAUUUCUUCAAGUGAAAAUCUCGAUAUUUCAUUCACCACUAAUAAUAGUGAAUUGUUAUUGGAUCUUACUGACAUAAGAUAUCACGAUGAACAUCUUAGAUCUACAGAAAGAAGCUUAAAUUCACCUGAUCAUCAUUCCAGUGGUCUUUUGUCGCCCCAGUCCUUGCGAUUUAAUCCCUUCAAUGUUUCCAGCAGCCAGUCAAUAAGCGAAUCCCAGGACAAAAGAUUUGACCCUCUUGUUUUCGGCGACCCAACUUUUAUCAGCAGUUACUUUGCCCCGACACCUGAUCGGGAUGGGGCCCACAGAGCGUGGCGUAGGUCUCCUCAGGACGAUGGUGUAUCUCAAGCAUUUGGUACUCAUGUCUCUGAACUGACGUCGUCUGCACACUUUACCCAGUCUGCACUGGUGUCUCACCCGAGUAGCCCACCAGUGGAGUCUCGCGCAGCCUUCAUUUCAGUCCCGAUACAAAACGUAAUUAUUCAGGAUUACACCGACAAGGUAGGUCAGGCUCUAGCUUCAAAACAACAUGCAGCCACUUCAACCACUAACUCCAACCUUGUGAAUCCACAAGUUGAGAUCCGAGGCCAUCCGACAACUAUGACCAAAGUUAUCGACCGUGGGAUGGCAUUCAACAAAGCCCUCCCAGGUUAUGCAAAGCCAAAUCCAGCUCCCCUCCGCCAGCAGUGUCUGAUUGAAGAGGACGGAGGGGAGGACGACAGUUCUACACGCGAGGACUCUCCUCUCCUUGACUCCCACUUGCAAUCCGCUCCACCCACUCGGCCAGCAGGCCAGGCCAUCAAACCAAGUUCGAGAUCGCGAGCCGCGCGGGAUGAAGCGGCGGAUUUCUCCGGGUGUACACCACACGACUUCAACAAGCAACGCGACUCGGACGCUAUCGCGGCAGACAUGACGGGACACGACGGGGAGAAGGACUCCCUGAAGGGCUAUGUCCGUGGUAAGCCUACCCACAACGGCUCGAUGGAUACUAACGUGGUGAAACAGUGGAGCUCGGCAGAGCAGCGCAGAGGUUCAGAAAGUGAGCAAGCCGUCGCAUUGUCCGUCUCCUACAGGCACUGCCAUCGCAAGAGAAAUGCCUCCCUCACAGACAAGCUAGCACUACGUCAGUUGAUUGCAGUGGUGGUCCUCUGCUUGCUCUUUAUGACGGGAGAGGCAGUGGGUGGUGUUUUGUCAAAUAGUUUGGCAUUGUUUACCGAUGUCCUUCACCUGGGUAGUGAUCUGAUCAGCUUCAUCAUUAGCCUACUUGCCAUAUGGUUAGCCAAAAAGCCAGCUUCCAAGAAAAUGUCCUUUGGCUACCACAGGGCAGAGGUGGUGGGAGCCUUGCUGAGUGUCUUUAUUAUAUGGAUGGUCAGUGGCAUCUUGUGUUAUAUUGCUGUUGAAAGAAUUAUUGAAGGCCACUACAAGGAUGUCCAUCCUGAUGAGAUGUUGAUCACAGCAUCCCUGGGGGUUGUUUUUAACUUCAUAAUGGGUUUUGUUCUACAUUCUGAAGUCUGUUGUAGCAAAGCUCACAGCCACCAAAAAUUUGGACAUGGACACUCUCAUGGAGGCCAUGGUCAUUCACAUGGAGGCCAUGGUCAUUCACAUGGAGGACAUGGUCAUUCACAUGGAGGUCAUGGUCAUUCCCAUAAUGGAUCAGAUCAUCUUCAUGACAGACAAACUCAGGGUCACAAUAGUCACAGACAAAGCUACGAAGACCAUAUUCACAAAGACUUACUGGAUGUCCCAAGCCAAGUAGACCACUCGCCAUCUGUUGGGGACUUUGACUACCACCAGUUUCAUUCAGAUUCAGAUUUUGAAUCUUCUGGACAUCAGCUGACAAAUGUUAACUCUGAAGCUAGUGAAGAGGAAGAGGAUCUGCCACCAAAACACAAGAAUAUUAAUGUCAGGGCAGCUUUCAUCCAUGUUGUGGGGGAUAUCAUACAGAGUCUAGGUGUCCUGGUUGCUGCGCUCAUCAUUAAAUUUGUGGAGAAUGAGAGUUCCAAGCUGGCUGAUCCAAUCUGUACAUUCCUGUUCUCUGUACUGGUUCUAAUAACAACCAUCACAAUACUAAGAGAUACACUUGUGGUGGUCAUGGAAGGUGUCCCUAGGGAUAUCUCCUUUGACUCUCUCAAAAAGGAUUUGAUAGCUCUAGACAAUGUCAUAGCAGUCCAUAGUCUACAUAUAUGGUCUCUGACUCUAGACAGGAAUGCUUUGGCUGUUCAUUUGGUUAUAGACAAUUAUGAAAUCCAAAAUGAUGUUCUGAAUGCAGCCACUAAAUUACUGCAAGACAAGUAUCAUUUCUUUCACAGCACUAUUCAGAUUGAUAGAUACAACCAGGCAGCCAUGACAGAUUGUCAUGAAUGUUUGGAACUGAAUUGAACUUAAAUCAAGUAUUUGAGCUGAAAAAAUCUCAUAUUCAUCAGGCUUAUAAAAAAAAAAAGUCAAGAUUUCAUUUUAACUUUUUUUUUAGUCAGUAAUCCUCAUGUGAUAGUAGAGAAGACAAAUUCCUGUCUACUUUUAUUUAUGAAUGUUUCUAACAAAUAAUUAUAUCUAAAUCACAAUCAAAAGUUUCCAGGAGAUGUUGUUAACCCAGGACUUUCCAAAUAUGUUGUUAUUAAAGAACCUCUAUUUUAUUGAAUAAUACAAUCAAUUGUUUUCCAUUUGAUAUAAAAUUGUUUCUUUCUGACGAAAGGCUUCCAUCUCAGCAACAAUCUGCAUUUUAGAUCAGUCUUGCUAAUGCUUAUUUGUUGUUGCUGUUUUUGUUAAAUAUGAAUGUGACAGGUGAACUUUUCAUUGAACCAUAUAAUCAAUAUUAUUAUAUAUAUAUCUGGCAUAAUGUUGAUGAGAACUACAAAUGAGUUCAUUGUUUCUCAUGUUGUUCUAAACAACUGGUUAUGUUAACAACACUGGCUGUCAUAUUGUGUGUUGGCCUUAGUGUAUGUAUGUACAGAUACAAUUAUUAUACAGAAAAAAGUAUGUUAUAUAAUUAUUAAUUUUAAUGUAUUUAUUGAGUUUCCUACAUGUUUGUUUGACAGAAGUCUACAAAUACUUUACUGUAUAUAAAACUUGUGUUUAUUUAUUUAGAACAAAUGAUUAGUUAAAGUAUGUUUUCAAUGUCCAUCACAUUUGAAGGAAUGCAGCAUCAGUCAGUUAAGUCUUUUCAAUGUCUCUUACAAACACAAACAUCAUACUUGAAGGAAUGCAGCAAUCAGUCAGUUCAGUCUUUUCAAUGUCUCUUACAAACACAAACAUCAUACUUGAAGGAAUGCAGCAAUCUGUCAGUUCAGUCUUUUCAAUGUCUCUUACAAACACAAACAUCACUCUUGAAGAAAUGCAGCAAACAGUCAGUUCAGUCUUGUCAAUGUCUCUUACAAACAUAAGCAUCAUACUUGAAGAAAUCAGUUCAGUUUUUUCAAUGUCUCUUACAAAAGAUUUUUGUUAACUUUUGAGUGUGCUGCUAUGAAAUAAUUUCCACAUUAUUAAAUGAACAUUCUGAAUGAAUAUUUUGUUGAGAAAAAGUUUGUCUGCAUUGAGCUUACAGACCUUUUAAACAGACAGAAAGUAGUUUUGUGUUGUCUUCUAACUCUGUGGUUUGUAUCUGAUAUAAUGGUAUGGUAUAGUAGAAUUAAUAGUAAGGAUACUGUUUGCUCAUUUAGCUUCAAAUAUUCAGUUGAUUCUUGAUGGUUUAACAGUUAUGGGACCAGAAGGGUGUCAGAUGACCAAUAAUGUUGAAUUACCAAAGGUUAGUUGUACUUCAACCCCAUAUGUCAAGAAAAUUAUAUUUAUGAUGUAAUAAUAUAUUAUCUUAAGACUUCUAAUUGUAUAAAAUAAACAAUGUAGAAAAAAAUUCAUGAUCUAAAAGAUGCAAACAUAUGAUUUCAGUACUGAACUAAAUUACAAUUUAAGCCCACCUAAAGGGUGUCAAUGGGUGCGGACUGCACCCCCUUAGUGAUGCAGAUUUCAAAGUUCUGUAUUCAGUUGUGUUGCUGGCAAUAAAUACAAGACUUGAAGCUGACACUUCAAACAUUUCUUAGAACUUUAAUUCCUUCAAUGCUCUUCUUGUUACUUUGUUGUCAUGGAAUCUUCCAAGUUCAAGCACUCAAUUGUUCUGUGAUAAAAAUAUAUUUUUUGUAUGCCACAUUUUAGCAGUCUUAUUGUACAAUAGUAGGAGUUCAAAGUCUCUGAUGUUGACUAGAAAAAUUUUUUUUUUCUGUUUUGAUGUGCACAUUUUAAUUAGAAAGUUGAAAUUGUUAAAACCUUGAGACUCAGAAACCCAUAGAUUUCAUUUAUUGUCAUUUACAAUGAAUUUCCAAGGUGGCUGACAUCUGCUGUUAGAAUUAUUUGUCCUUUUUUUUUCCCCUUACACUUCUAUUCAUUGAAAUGUAUAUAAGUUCUUAGCUCCUUGUUAAGUCUUUGUUGUUGAUUUCAAAAUGGCUUAUGUGUUUUUUGAUUUAAUCCAUUUAUUUUAAUUUUACAAUUGGCCUUUAUUUUAUUUGACCCGUCUCAUUAUUAUCAUAUCAUGUUGGAUAUUUUACAGGAAGGAAGUUGUCUGUAGAAUAGAUCUGUAAUUCUGUCAAGGUUCUUUUUUUUUUUUAUUUGAAUAUACUUAAAUCUAUCUACAUUUAUAUUUUAGAACUGAACCUUGACCUGGAUGAUUCAGUUGACUGAUUAUUUAUGCUACGACAUCUAGUAACAAUGAGCAAUAAUGGUGCAAUGAUAAUCUUAUAGCUGUUAUCAAAAAUUUAAAAAAUAAUGGCACAUUAUCUUUCUAUAAUUAGUAAUAAUAAUACUUUUUUUUUUUUUGCAAUAAUUAGCAAUAAUGGCAAAUGCAACUUCAUGCAAAAUUAGUGCAAUAAUUGUUUUGCAGUAGUUGACAUGAAUGAAACAUAGAUGUACCCGGUACUAGGAUUUUCUUGCAAUAGUGGCACAGGGAACAUUUUGCUAUAUACAAUCAAAUAUAAUAAUGGCAAAUCUCGCCCUAGUCAACAAUAAUGGCACAUGAAACAAAUUGCUUUAGUCAGCUAUAAUGGCACAUGAAACAUCUUGCUAUAUAAAGAAUAGUGAAACAUCUUGCUAUAGUUGUCUUGCUAUAGUCAGCAAUAAUGACACAAAAAACAUCUUUUUGUAGUUAGUAAUAGUGUUAGUGCAUGCAUUAGGUGGCCUCACUUUGAUAUCAGUUCAUCUAUAUGAUGUAAUAUCUGCAUACAUAGUUUUACAAUGCCUCUAUUCAGGUCACAUAUUUAUGGAAAUCUGGGUGGUCGGGUGGACAUGUUUCUCAAAAACAUCUCUUUUCCUAGAAAUUUGACUGUUGAUGAAUAUCUUUGGGAAAACAAUCACUAGCUCAUUGGCCACACUGCAAAAACUCUAGUUUGACCAUUAUAAACUUUUUAAGUAUAAAAAAAUUUAAUUUGACUAGACGAAUAGAAAAUCUUUAUCUUGAACAGAUUUCUUUUUCUGGAAUUCCACAUGUAGGCCCUAUCCAUCACAGAGUUUAAUAAAUAAAUGUUCUGGAACAUUUUUGCGCACCAUCUUGUAAGUCUAGACCUACAAGCCUAUCAUUAGAAUAUUAUAACAUCUAGUAGAUUUAUACAUUCACUUAACCAGGAUUUUUUCUUUGGGGAGUUUUAGGGGGAAUCAGGCUGUGUACAAAUUUUUUUUUCUUUUUAAAUAAUUAAAUAAUUGCUCUAUCAGUUGUAUACUUUUUUAAAAAUUCUUAUUAUAUUUCUUGUUUAUGUUCUUAUAGCGCCUUGAGCCUACUUUAUGUUAUGUCUUUAUAUCUUUUGGUUCGGUGUUGCUCUAAGUGAGUAACUUGGUAUAAAAUAUUUGUUUCACAAUCUUAACAAUGUUAAACUUUUUAUCUAUCUAUCUUUUUUUUUUUUUCCUGAAUGUGAUAAGUAGAUGCAGAACCAACAUGCAAAAAAAAAAAGCCAACAUUGUGUUAGUGGUUCCUCUUUUUUAGUUUCCUUCCCAGUACUCAAAAUACCAUAAAUAAUACAUUAUCUUAAUGCAAUUGUUAAUCUUUAUAAGAUUUGUAGUGACAAACUAUGUUUAGUUUUGUGAUUUUCAAUAUUUUUGGAUCAAAUGUAUAAUUAAAGGUUAUAUUUUUCAGCAUAUUAAUUUUUCAAAGAAUUUUUUAUUGAUGUUUUUUUUUUUCAAAGUCAGUUUAAACUUAAUAUAAAAAAUGAUUUAUUGAAUAAUUUAUUUUAUUUUUUACACUUUUGUUGUAAAUUGUUUUUUUUUAAAUAAAAUAAAAUGCUAGAUUCUAUAAUAAAAUCAGUAAUUUAGGUAAGUUUUAAUAACUCUAGCCCCUCCCCCCCCCCCGAACAUUUUUUUUAAUCAAAACAAUAUGCACUGAAAGAGUUAAUAGCCCUUUCUAAAUUAAAUUAUUAUUAUCAUUAAAGGUGCAGUGAUCAUCUUAUAAAAGCAGCAAGCACUAAUGACACUUAGGAUAGCUUUUUUUGUUUUACAGUUUGACUAAAGAACUUAAAGAAUGAACUACAAAGGAGAUAAAAAAACAAAACAAAGUUGUUCACUUUUAUUCAUUUCUUGGCAUGUGAAACUACCUGAACAAAUGUUAUCACAUUUCAUUUAAUCCUAACAAAACACAUUUUUGAAAGUGUGCCUGCUACCAGUGGUAAAAUUUAUUUUUUGAUGUGAUACUUUUUAUUGUGUUAUUCUUUUGUUCUGAAUCCUAUUCUUAAAAUGUUAGUCUCUAGCUGUUUUGUUGUUCUUUUGUAUUUGCAUUGUUCUCAUCACUUACUUUUUGUUUUGUUUCAAAUCUUAAGGUUUGACUUUUUGUUUUCUCUUUUACAGAAUAUCUUUUAGCUUAGUUCAUUUCCUCCAGCAGACAUUCUGAAAUUAUUUUUUAAAAAUAAGCUUGUACAUCAUCCAGAAAAUUAAAAGUGUAUUUAUUUUCUAAACUUUGAAGCUAAAUUUACAUAAUUAUGUUGAUUGAUGCAAUUUUUGACUGGCUAUGAAACAAAUUGACAUUCUGUCCAUGAUUUUGGUGACUCUGAUCACUACUUCAAUAUUCUAUUUUAUUUUGUUCUGAUGUAACUUAACUCUUUUUGCAUAUGGAAACACUGAACUUUGGUCUGCCAAAUGGCUUGAGUUGUAAUGUAUAAAAUCUGUCUUGACUUGCUUUACAUCUUAAACUCAUUUAUUACUUAAGCUCCUUCUUAUUAACUGAAGCUCUUUCAUUUCACUUUACAGAUCUGGUAUCAAAACAAACACAAAAUUACAAAUAUAUUUUUCUUUGCCAUUGACAUAAGUGAUUAGUUGUAGGUAACUUCAGAGCUUAAUGUGUGUACAGAGUUCAAUGUAUGCAUUAAUGUUGAAAUGUUUUUGUUGUUAGAGGGCUUACAACAGAGCUUGUUUUUAGUUGGCUGCCAAUGGAAGCAAAUCUCUUUUUUUUUUCUAUUGAGUUAAUUCCAAAUAAAAGUCCUCCCCUUUC